UACACUCUUACCACCUUGUAAGAAUCCACAUUCUCACAUAAUUCAUCACCAAUGCCAAAUUAUAUAGUCUUCUGUUUGAUUUCCAUCUUCAUCUUUUCAACAUCUGUCAACUGUUACGGAAGCAAUGGCUUUAACCCUUUCAAAUACAUUACUAAAGGAACCAAUUCUACUGAACAACCAACAAACACUUCUGUCUCGGUUAAAUCUCAGGUCUACUCUCCGGUCUACAUGGGUCCUCAAUUUGGACUCAAGGAGAGAGAUAAGAUCAUCAGCUUGCCCGGACAGCCACUUAACGGAGUACUAGAGUUCAAUCAGUACUCGGGAUAUGUGACUGUCGAUGAAUACGCCGGCACCGCUUUGUUCUACUACUUCGUCGAGUCUUUCCAGGACCCAGAAGAUAAGCCUCUUGUCUUGUGGCUCAGUGGAGGACGGGGUUGCUCCGCUUUUGGCAUCGGAGCUAUGAUGGAGAUUGGCCCGUUUAGAGUUAGCAGGGAUGGUGAAACUCUUGAACAGAAUGAAUAUGCCUGGAAUAUUGAUGCUAAUGUUAUUUUUCUGGAAGCACCUGCCGGAGUUGGAUUUUCAUACUCUAAUACAUCUGACUAUACCUCAAAUGGGGAUUGGUCCACCGCUUGGGAUUCGUGCACUUUCAUAGUAAACUGGUUAGAGAGGUUUUCUGAGUAUAAGAACAGAGACUUCUUUAUUGCUGGAGAAGCGUAUGCAGGUCAUUUCGCACCCCAACUUGCUAGGCAAAUUCUGUACAACAACAUGUACACUGAUGGAACCAAGAUCAAUCUUAAAGGAAUUGCCUUAGGGAAUGCGUUUAUGGACGAUGAUACAUAUAUUCUGGGUUGGUUGGAUUAUUUCUGGUCACAUGCGUUCAUGCCAGAUGACGUUCACCAGCUAAUUCUAUCAAACUGCAACUUCUCUUCACCAAAUGUUUCUCUUUUCUGCCAGGAUCUCUUGGACCUGGCAGUUAGAGAAAUGGGUAACAUUUAUGCAUUCAACAUUUAUGCUCCCUCGUGCAAUGUUUCCUUUAAUUCAAGCUGUGAUACCUUCUUAGGAUCUGAUCCUUGCUCUUCGAACUAUAUCGAAGCAUACUUGAACAAUCCACAAGUACAGAUGGCUCUGCAUGCCAAUGUCCCUGCUACUCCUUAUUUCUGGGAAUCCUGCAGCCCGAGAGUUUCAUGGAAGACAUGGGAAGAUUCGCCAGAUUCAGUUUUACCAGUAAUUAAAGAGUUAAUGAGCGAGGGAAUUCGCAUAUGGUUAUACAGUGGCGACGCAGAUGGUGUGGUACCAAUUACAAGUACAAGAUAUGCCAUUAACAAAUUGCAACCACUAGUUCAGAGCUGGCCAUGGCACGCUUGGUACACUCAAGGAGAGGUUGGAGGGUAUGCUGUUGAAUAUGAAAACCUGACAUUUGUUAGUGUAAGAGCAGCAGGACAUUUUGUUCCCAGUUAUCAGCCAGCAAGAGCUCUAGUUCUCUUCUCCUCAUUCAUACAAGGGAAGCUUCCGCCUUCAGCUUAAUCAUUCAGGGGAAAAAUAAUACAGUGUUUAUCAUUACGUAUAGACAAAAGAAGAAGAUGAUUUAGUGUUGUAAGCAACUGUAGUUUUACAAGAAUUUGGCCUGUUAGUACUUAGUUUAAAAAUGCAACAUUAAUGAAUCAGUUUCAUCUGUUUAAUGCUAAA